GCGGCGGCGAGGCGGAGAUGUCGUACCUUCUGCCGCAUCUGCACUCGGGGUGGGCGGUGGACCAGGCCAUCCUCGCGGAGGAGGAGCGCCUCGUCAUCAUCCGCUUCGGCCACGACUGGGACGAGACGUGCAUGCAGGUGAAGAUAGCAUGAAUUGAUUGUUGAAAUUGAAGUAAAGGUAGCCAUUAGGUAUGGCACCUUUGCUCACCAUUCUAUUGAGGAAGUUGAGCGAUGAAAUUGAAGUAAAGGUUGCCAUUAGAUGGAUGAGGUGCUAGCGGCAGUAGCUGAGACCAUAAAGAACUUUGCGGUCAUCUACCUGGUCGACAUCACCGAGGUUCCAGACUUCAACACCAUGUACGAGCUGUAUGAUCCGUCGACGGUGAUGUUCUUCUUCCGCAACAAGCACAUCAUGAUUGAUCUGGGGACAGGAAACAACAACAAGAUCAACUGGGCCUUGAAGGACAAGCAGGAGUUCAUCGACAUUGUGGAGACCGUCUACAGAGGUGCUCGCAAAGGGCGUGGUUUGGUGAUUGCUCCCAAGGACUACUCCACUAAAUACCGUUACUAAGCUAUAUUUUGCCCCACGCUGCCGUUGAGUGGCCCUUAGUACAAGAGCUGUAAGCUUAUGGAGUUGUGGUGGGGUGUUGUUGACUAAAAACUGUAAUAUUGUUCGAAACUCGAGUGUCGGAACAUAAUUUACAUGUCAAUUGGUACAUCAAUGACAAGUUGAUUGGUGUGGAUACCAAUCAUCCAUUAAUUAUCAAUACUCUUUCCAGUCUUA